AUGAAAAUUUUAUUUUUAAUAAUAGUAUUAUUUACCUUUUAUAAUAAUGCUACAAGUUUUAGAUGGUUCGACUGUAGUGAUGGAAGAGGACUAUUAUCAAUAGGAAAUAUUACCGCCAUAACAGAUAGUCACGGAACAAGCCACUAUAAUAUAGAGGGAUAUUUAAAUAAAGAAAUAAAUAACGGUAGCAUUCAAAUAGAUACUUAUAAUAUGGGCACAAACCAACCAAAUUACUAUGAUGAAAUAAAAGAUUUUUGCAAUGUAUUUACAAAUUGUCCAUAUAAAGCUGGCUCAUUUUCAGAAUCAAUAUCUUUUAAUAUGAAUAAUAAUAAUAAAAAUAAUAAUAAUAAUAAUAAUAAUAAUAAUUUAUUUUUUACAACUUUUUUAGCAAUAGACGAAAUAGAUAUUAAAACACUUCAUCCAAUUUUUUGCUUUACUAUAUUUAAUUAA